AUGGUAAAAUUUAAUCUCACAUAUACUGCCAUCCUUGCGUGCUUAACUGUGAUGGUGCAUACUCAAGCUCAAGAUGAUUGCCAAGUCUGUGACAAUGUACUCAAUCCGGCAUUCAAAUGCGCAGGUGUUAAUAAUAUUCUUUCAUUCGAAGCUUUACCAUCAGCUGCACAAGCAAGAUGUGCCUGUAAUCAAAAUUUCAUUAAUGGAUAUGGAAGUUGUGCUUAUUGCGCUGCAUACGCUUACGAUGACUUAAUGUCACUCUCCACUGCCGUUAGUACAUGUCAAAGCUAUGGUUAUUCUGUGAAGUUGCCCAGUAAUAGCAAUUCGGGAAGCAGCACUAAUACUAACGGAAGCAGUACUAACACUAAUGGGAGCAGUAACACUAAUGGCAGCAGUUCGGGAAAUAGUGACAACUCACCAUCAAGUAAUGCAAGCAACCAAAACUCCUCAUCAAAAAGUGGACUCAGCACAGGCGCUAUUGUUGGCAUAGCUAGUGGAGGUACUGUUUUAUUAGGAUUUGUUGCCGCAGCACUGACAGUUUAUUACAAGUGUUUGCAGGUUAAAAAAUUAAAAAAUGAGCAAAAACCGGAUCCCAAGCCUGCGUGA